AUGCCGGAUCUAAACUUCUUUUGGGGUAGCUUUUGCUUCGCACGCCAGCUCUCUGAAUACUCUCUGGUGCCUCCCGCAUCUAUGUCUUGGACCAUGCCUAUGAACGGUUUUGACUGCAAUAACUCCGAUUACGACCUUCUGUGUUCAACACCGCUCUUUGGGAACCAAACCACACAGGAGUCUCUUCUCAGAUUCCCCCCUGCCAGACUAUUGAGUCUGCGAGACCUUAUUCAUUCAAAUACGCUUCAACAUAGCAUUGAAGAAGAGGCAUGUCGUUCUGAAGCAGCCGGUGAUCUUGGAGACGCAUUUGAUGCUUCAUACGGAUCAUGUUUGACACCCACAACCGGGUCCUAUGGAAAUCACGCGUUCCUAGACAGCGCCGAUGCUCAAGGGCUUGAGGGACAGUUCGACUCUACUUUCCUACACCAAGAUCUGCCCCUCAAUGACCCGUUCCAUGCUGCACCAUACAAUUCCGCGCAUAACGCCAAGGCCUGUUGGGAUGAAUUACUUCUCGAUGAAGGCAUGGAUUACAUGAGUUUUAGUGAUCCUUCAGGACCGAGCAAGACAACAGACACGGUAUUUGGGAGCCUCUUUGACGUGCCAGACGGGCUCAUGCAGAUUCCUUCGUCUGAUGGAAGCAACGGAGAAAGACGCUACGCCGCUGGCUAUUUUGCGAGACAGGGAGUGAAAGCUUCGACAAACGCAAAGGCCAGAUAUGAGUGCCGGGCAUGUCCAGCAGAUUUUGGGCAGGCACGCGACUUCGCAUCACCGUCGAGCCGAAGAAACCAUGAAAGGAACUUCCAUGAGCUGCUCAGAGGAGGCGGAGCGAAAUUGAAGAGGGUCGGCGACAAGAUGGAAAAUGCUGGCCAGAAGCGGAAGGAAGAGAAGAAAAGAAAGUUGCUUCAAGAGAUGGCUGAGAAGCUAAAGGAGCUGCAAAAUUGCUGAGAGAGGAUAAUGAAAGCAUGUACAGAUCAUCAACCUUUGUGUAGGUGGAAGACCUAUUUCUUAGCAGAUAAAUGAUAGUGCCUGCCAG